AUGAGAAGGAUUGCGAAUAUCUACCACCAUAGCCGCACACCAUCUUUGCAGUCUCGAUCUCGGUUCAUCCCAGCUGUGCAGUUCCCUGGCGCCAUAUCAUAUUCCACGCGCGCCAGACCACCAAUUUUCCCAAGCAGUAGCAGCAUCUCCGUUACCAGAUCACCACUACCCUGCAGAUCAACCCCUCUACCUCAUCCCCCACCACCACCAACAGCUCGCAUCAUGGCAACCACCGCCGACGCAGUGGCUCUCAUCGAGUCCUCCAAAAAGGCCGCCGCCUACCAGGCCGUCGAGGACUACCUCCUGCCCUCGCACAAGUAUGUCGGCAUCGGCUCCGGCAGCACCGUCGUCUACGUCGUCGAGGCCAUCAAGGCCAAGGGCCCUGCCUUCUACGGCGGCAUGACCUUUAUCCCCACCGGCAGCCAGUCCAAGGGCCUCAUCACCCUGGCCGGCUUCCGCAUGAACAACCUCGACGAACGUCCUGUCGUCGACGGCAAGGCCGUGGCGCUUGAUGUGGCCUUUGACGGCGCCGACGAGGUCGAUGAGGAGCUCAACCUUAUCAAGGGCGGUGGUGCCUGUCUCUUCCAAGAAAAGCUCGUCGCGGCGGCGGCCAAGCAGUUUAUUGCUGUUGCCGAUUCGCGCAAACAGUCGGCCCGCCUGUGCACAAAGUGGAAGGCUAUCCCAAUCGAAGUCCUGCCCAUGGCCGCCCCCGACGUCCUCAACAAGCUCAAGGACAUGGGCUCGACCGGCCCAGCGGUGCGAUCUGGCCUGCCUAGCAAGGCUGGCGAGUGCGUCAGUGACAAUGGCAUGUGGAUCAUUGACGCUCCGUUCCCCUCCUUGCUCCUGCCCAAGGACCUCAAGGACGGCCAGGACGGCUCCGGCAAGGACGGUGUCUGGGAGAUCAACAAGCUUGCCGAAACCCUUAUCAAGCUGCCCGGCAUUGUCGAGAUUGGCCUCUUCUACGGCUUCAACGGCGACGAGGCUGUCAAGACCAGACAGGUGCUGCCCGCGCAGAAGCCCAUUGCUGCUUACUUUGGCCUGCCUACAGGGGAGGUCCAGGUUCAAAAAGCAGCCUAG